CCACGCACAAAAUGUAUUAGAUAAAUUCUAUGCAGUAGGGAGGCAACGUUGAAAAAAAAAUAAAUUAACCAGCAGACGUCCAUUAUAACACAUAACCAAAUUCAAGGACGGAAAUCAGAGAAAAAUAGAGAACUCUGUAAGAAGAAGAAAAGAAUGGCAAAAGUUCCUCUUCGAGAUGUUACACCCCUGCUACAAUCUAUAAGGGCUUUUCUUCUUGGGCGAACUCAUAAAUCUCAAUUACGUUCUGCCUAUGAAAUGGUAUCACAUGAUCAACCUCCUCCAAAUUUGCCUGAUGGUCCUUAUAAUAAACUGAGUGGUAAUUACUACUGUACACAUGAUGCUCGUCGUGAAGUGCAUCCACCUACAGUUGUUGCUGUGAAUUCUAAGACUUCUUUGAAGCUUCUCAUAAACAAAGCUGAUUCUAAGGAAUCUUCUGUUACAGUAAAGAAACCAGUUGCACCUGGCAAAGUUUUCCACUGGGAUUAAGAAAGAGUCCUUGUUGUGGGAAACAAUUACUUGCUGUAGAUAACAUGUGGAGAGAAUAAUAAUGGUUUUAGAAUCCAAA